GGGAUGUUGAUGCAUCCAUCUCUCUAAAAGUAAACUUAUUACAAUGAUUCAUGUAUUAAAAAUAUAGUUAUGAUUUUAAUUAUCAUAUUAAUUUUUUUUAAUAGCACCUAAUUAUUAUUCUAGGUAAGUUUGAUGUUGUAUGCAGCUCCCCCCUUCUUUCCCGCCCAAAUUUGCUCAGCUGACCCCUUCAGUUUUUGCUCAGCGUGUUCCCUCUACUUAAUAACAACACUAAUAUAAAAAAAUUAAAAAUAGGGAAAGUUUCGAAAUCCCUCUCAGUCUUCCCCAUCGCCCCGCCCUAGGGUUUCUUCCUCUCUUCCAUGCCGGAUCUCAGUAAUCUUCUCCUGCCCAUUAUACCGCACUUUGAACCUAACUGUUCCACUCCCUCCUCCUCGUUCCUGCCGGACGCCGACGCUGCGAUUGCUGGGGUCGAGUGCGAGUGGAAGCGGGGGCUUCGGUUUCCGAUCUCCACACGUCGGCGAAAUGGAGUGUUGCGGAAGGAGCGACGAGCCGGUGGCCGGCGGUCUGCGGCAGGGGAUUCGCUGGAGGAAUUCGUGCAAGCGUGGAUGAAGAGGAAGUUGGAUGGCGGAGUACGUGAGAAGGAUUGCGUUUUGCCUUUCCUCAAGAAAGAUCUUAAAAUGGUACAAUGUCGGUUGUGCAAAAAGUUUGUCAGCCAGGGGGAUGAAGUUCUUUGUUCAGUUCAGUUGUGUCGACAUGCCUAUCACAGGACUUGCAUUAACUUGAAAGAAGGAUCAUCAAAGCACUUUAAGUGCCCUCAACACGCUUGUUUCAAUUGCAAUCGGAAAAACCAUUGGCAUUGUGUUCGAUGCUUCAUAUCAUUUCAUGUUAAAUGCUCUCCUUGGCCUGAUGAUGUGGUUUUUCUUGCAAAUCGGCCCGGCCGAGCCAUCUGCUGGAGACACCCAUCUGAUUGGCAUUUGGAUAAGCAGCAUGCAGAUCCCACAAGUGACUUGGAGGAAGUGUUCCAUCGUUUACCUCUUCCAUAUAUUGACGAGGAGUUUGAGAUUGGUUCAAUUGUGAAUGAUGUUCUGGAGAACAUUACCGAGCCAGCUCCUUACAUACAUAUCAAGCGCAAUGUAUAUUUGGUGAAGAGGAAACGUGUUGGUGCCGAUGCUAAUGUCGGAUGCACAAAUUGCAAUGCAAAUUCUGACUGUAGUGAGAACUGUGAAUGCAGAGGUCUCUCACUCAGUUGUACUAAGGCCUGUCAUUGCUCAGAAAUGUGCACAAACAAACCAUUCCGUAAAGAAAAAAAGAUCAAGGUUGUCAAGACAAAUUUGUGUGGCUGGGGUGCAGUUGCCUUGGAGACCAUUGAAAAGGGUCGUUUUGUGGUAGAAUACGUUGGAGAAGUUAUUGAUGAUGCCUUGUGCGAACAAAGGCUUUGGGACAUGAAACGGCGGGGUGACCAAAACUUCUACAUGUGUGAAAUUCAAAAGGAUUUUACAAUAGAUGCUACUUUCAAAGGAAAUUUUUCUAGGUUUCUAAACCACAGUUGUGAUCCUAAUUGUAAGCUGGAGAAGUGGCAAGUAGAUGGAGAAACACGCGUAGGUGUUUUUGCAUUGCGAUCAAUUCAAACUGGAGAACCUUUAACGUAUGAUUACAGGUUUGUGCAAUUUGGUCCCGUGGUUCACUGUAACUGCGGAGCUUCAAAUUGUCAAGGUUUUCUUGGGAGCAGGAAAAAGACGAACCAGACCAAAUUUUCAGACUCUGUCUGGGGUUGCAAAAGGCCCAGAACACAUAAAAACAUUAGGAAGAAUAUAUGAUCUUUAUAUCUGAUUGAUUCAAUUUGUUCUUUUUCAAUCCUGCAGUUUCUGCAACUGCAUAAAAUUUUCUGAGCUCUGAUCCUUCAUCAUAAAACUGAUAAAUCUGCCAAUUCGUAUUGUUGAAAAGCAGCUUUGCCUUCUGAUCCUUCUCUGCUGCAGCUAAAUUUCCUUUACAAGGCUUCAGGUAUGCUUCCUCGGAGAGCGCUCCACUGAACUCCCUUUUCCUUUUAAAUUAUUUUUGAAUUUUCAAUUAGAAAUUUGUUCUCAUUGAUCAUUGAGUGUAUAGCUUAAUUCUACUGAUUCUUCUUUCCCAACAUAAGACAAUUUCAUCUGUUCUUCCAUUGGAACAUGAUAUUAUUCUUCAUUCUAGAAAACUUUUGUUCAGACUUUUGUAAUUUAGG